GAGGCACAGCACACAGGCUCCUCUGGAUCUGGGUUGAGGUUUCCGGGCUCUGGUGCAACACAAGGAUACAGUCUCCACAGAUUUUGCAAAACAAAAUUUGUUCAGUACUUCACUAGAGUAACUGUCUAGUAAGUAAGGUCAAUAAAAAACCUUACUUCAUCGUUUUUGUCAUCUUCAAGGAGCUUGAAACGUCAACGGGACAAUGGCUGAUCAGCUGACUGAGGAGCAGAUUGCUGAGUUCAAGGAGGCGUUCUCGCUGUUUGACAAGGAUGGCGAUGGCACAAUCACGACCAAGGAGCUCGGCACUGUGAUGCGCUCUUUGGGACAGAACCCCACUGAGGCUGAGCUGCAGGACAUGAUCAAUGAGGUGGAUGCUGAUGGUAAUGGUACGAUUGACUUCCCUGAGUUCCUGACCAUGAUGGCCAGGAAGAUGAAAGACACAGACAGCGAGGAGGAGAUCAGAGAAGCUUUCAGAGUCUUUGACAAGGACGGUAACGGCUACAUCAGUGCAGCAGAGCUACGGCACGUCAUGACCAACCUGGGGGAGAAGCUCACUGAUGAGGAGGUGGACGAGAUGAUCCGAGAGGCUGACAUCGAUGGAGACGGUCAGGUCAACUAUGAGGAGUUCGUCCAGAUGAUGACUGCCAAGUGAAGAGAACACUGAAAUUCCUCUCAACGUUGCUUGUCCUCCUGAGAUCGCUGUCUUUAAGAACCAAAAAAAAAAAAGCAACAAUUCUAAAAAACGAUUAAUUUCCCCUCUAAAAUCAAGUAUGUGUAGAAUUUAACAAUUUGUGCUUCAGUACAUCCAAAUACUUCUCAGGUUUCUGUUCAGCAAACACCAACAGAAUAAUCCCUAGAGAAGUUAAUGGACCAAGCUUUAAGAGGGCCGAAGCCCUGUACUUCAGACCAAGAUUCUGCUGAGUCACCCAGCGCCUGAUUAAUUUAGAGCAACACUGAAAAGGCAGAGGGCUAGGAACCCCUGCCACAGUUGGUAUAGUGAAGUUGGCUAUUUAAAAUCUUUCUAAUAUUCAACAAAGAACUCUCUAAAUACUGAAUUGAGUACUCUUCUUGCAUGCACCCUUUCUGUGGCUGUCUCUUGUCACAACAAGGAGGCUCUGACCCCAUCAGAGGUAGUGGUCAGACUGUGUACACACUGGAGGUAUAUACAUUACUAUAUAGCUAUAUAUCUGUAACAUUUGUGUCACUAUUGAUUAUUGCAAGAGCAAAUAGUUGCAAUGUAGGGUGUUCACUGGUGCUCGGUUGCAGAGGAGCAUCCUUAUACCUUGAAGGAGUUCGGACAAGAACGAAAGACUGAAAAGUGCUGAUGGUUUUUUCCUCUUGGGGAUGAUAUGUUGUCUGGUUUUGGGUGGUGGGCUUUACAUUGCCCGCAGCACUGAUUGGAGACAGUUGUAUGUUGUAUUGCAGGAGGAUUAUUGUGAAAACACUCUUGAGGACUGCAGUUAUUUUUGUCCUGCACAAUCAGAUAUCCUGAUGAUACAAUAUUGAUGUAAUGCUUUAUAAAUGUGUUCUCAAAUAUUAAUGUAUUGAUGACAAACUUUGGUCACCAAAUAUAUCUCUAUAUAUUAGUGUAUCGUAAAGUUUGCAUUGCCUAUUGUUGUAGUAAAUGACCUGUGACAUGUUUUCUCUUUGGUUUUGAAAUGUGCCAUAAUACUCUAAAAACGCCUCAACCUUCUUGCAAGACUCGUAGUUCGUUAGAAUAUAAUAACUCUACUUAAUAUAAUAACAUAUAAAAAUACAUGCAGUUGAACAUAUUUGCACUUUGGUAUAAACCAUGUGGAUAUUAAAGGUUUUGUUUGAAAAAAAAAAAGAAGAAAAAGAAACCAAAUGUCACUGUUGCUGCUGCUGCUAUAACAACUCAUAUGUUACACUCAUUUCUCGUCCUUGUUGGUGUCUGAUCUUCGAUUUGUAGUCCGGUGAUUCAAACUUCAAUCUGCUUGCUGUUUUACUGAACAAAAUACAUAUACUGUAUAUUCACAAAAACUACUGGUGAAGGGGGUGAUGUGUUUAAUUCGGGCUAUUAGAACGGGACUUUCAGAUUGGGCUCAAAUGAGGUUGUAGCAAAGAUUCGGCUUGAUUGUUAAGGUUUUUUCGACAGUUGGUUACUUCUAAAGCAGGUUAGCUGAGGCGUCUUAGGAUGUCCUCAAAGUACGAAACUUAAAUACUGCUCUGCUUGAGGCGUUUUAAUUGGUUACCUUUGAUUCGGAUGUCAGGGAAGUAAAUGGUAAAUGGACUGUUAACUUCUGAAGGUAUCUCAAAAAUGUAAAGAUGUGAUAUAUUUUCCAUAAAUCAAUAAAUUGACUGAGCUUUACUUCA